ACUUCUUGGGGAGUCAAAAAAGUGCGAAGCUGAGAGACACUCACUUGAAAGGAAUGAGGACCCUGCACUCUGCCUCCCUCAGGUGAACCCCAGGCCCCGGGAGAGGAGGGACGCCAUGUCCACUACAGCAGAAACCACGGCCACCACAGGGGAGCCGGCCAGCGGCAGUGACGGAAUCACGGCCCCAGCGCCAGCCUCCAGCAAAGGCGUGUGUUCGGUCCGACACGGGCUGGCCCUCCUCUUGCAUCUCUGUAACUUUGCGAUUUCCACCCAACAAAUGAACUUGAGCAUCGCCCUCCCAGCGAUGGUGAACGGCACGGCCCCACCCAACGCCUCUUCCUCCGUCACCCUGGGCGACAGGAACGGAACUCUGAUGGGACUUAAGGUGCUGGCGCCCGUGUAUGCCUGGAGCCCCGAGAUCCAGGGGGUCCUCCUCAGCUCCCUCAGCUACGGCUCCUUCGUGGCCUCGGUCCCCAGUGGCUACGUGGCCGGGCUAGUCCGGCCCCGGCACCUGAUCGGCGCCGCCCUGUUGACCGUCUCCGCCCUGAGCCUCUUCAUCCCGCUGGCGGCCGAGGCAGGUGUGGCCCUGCUCAUCGUCCUCCGGACCGUCCAAGGCGUGGCCCAGGUGAUGAUACAAACCAGCCAGUAUUUAAUUUGGGUGAAAUGGGCUCCCCCCUUGGAGAGGAACCAGCUCAUCACCAUUUCCAUCUCAGGGCUCAUGCUGGGCUCCUUGACCGUCCUCCUUGUCGGUGGCUUCCUCUGCGAGACCCUCGGGUGGCCGUACGUCUUCUACAUCUUUGGUGCGAUUGGCUGCGCCUGUUCCUGCCUCUGGUUCGCCCUCGCCUACGACGACCCCGCGGCGCACCCGUUCAUCAGCGCCGGGGAGCGGGACCUCAUCGCGCGCGCACUGGCUCAGCAGGACUGCGAGCCCGACGGGUCUCUCCCCAUCAAGGCCAUGGCCAAGUCCCUGCCGCUCUGGAGCGCCUUGCUGUCCCAGUUCAGCGAGCACUGGUUCUUCUACGUCUUGAUGGCGUACCUGCCCACCUACCUCCACUCCGUCCUCCACGUGGACCUCCGUGCGAGUGGCUUCCUGUCCGCCCUGCUGCUUGGCGUGGCCUUUAUCAGCAUCAUCCUGGGGGGCCUGCUGGCAGACUUCCUCCUCUCCAGAGACAUCCUCUCGCUCCUUGUGGUCAGGCGGCUCUUCACCUCCAUAGGCGUGCUCUUCCCCAGCCUGUUCUCCGUGCUCCUGCCCUGGGUCAGCUUCAGCCUGGGCGUCACCAUGGCCUUCUUGGUCCUGAGUUUGGCCACCAGCAGCCUCUGCCAAUCCGGGGCCCUUGUCAACUUCAUAGACAUUGCUCCCAGGUACACCGGCUUUAUCAAGGGCUUAUCCUUGGUCUUUGUUCAGCUCUCAGGAGUCAUCGCUCCCACGGUUUCUGGAUUUUUCCUCAGUCAGGACGCCGAGCUGGGAUGGAGAAACAUCUUCCUGCUGUCCGCGGCCGUGGACGUCUCGGGCCUGGUCUUCUUCCUCGUCUUCAGCCGAGCGGAGGUGCAGGACUGGGCCCGCGCGCAGACCCUCACCCGCCUGUGAGCCGUGGCCGGGCGUUGCCCUUUGGUGCUUUCCUUGAACCGACUUUGCUUCCAGUCUCUUCUCGGACCCUGAAGGCUCCGCCUGGAGGU